GGGAGGACGCGGCCUAGUGGCCGUUGGCGGCGUGUGCAGGGGGCGGCCGGGGGGCGGUGGGCCCGGAGCGGGGCCCGGAGGGACCGGGGGAGGCCUCCGUGUCCCCCAGUCACGGUCAUGAGCCAGCAGCGAGGCCGAGUUGAUGCCGGGGACGCUGUCCGAGAGCUGCAGGCCGGGCCCGGCCGCCUCAAGCGCCGCAAGACCAGGGGCGAGCGUAACAGGGCCAAGUUCGGGCCCAGCUUGCGUGGCUCCAGGUGGAGGGGGGGCAGGAAUCCCUGGGGAGGCCUCGCUCCGCCCCGCCCCGCUCAGCCCCUGCACAGCCCCCUGCCGCCACCACGGCCCGUCAUCAUCACACAGCGGCGCCUCUGCCGCCCCCGGGGGCUGCUCGGCCGAGGGGUGGCCUCCAUGGACAUCAAGCGGUUGUUGGAGGGUGGGCAGGGGGCAGAGCCCCCCCCACCGCCUCCCGCUGAGGACAUCCUUCCGGAGUCCCCCCGGCCUGUCAAGGGGAUGGAGAAGGACGGGCAGAGGUCACCCUCCCCUCCGGAUAACCCCGCAGAUAAAGCGGCUGGUGACAGACAGUCCCUCGGCACAGUGAGCUCAGCCCGGGGUCUGGCUGCCCGCCUGUGUGCCCUUCUGCCUCAGCCCCCCGAGUUCUGGGGCCGUGUGCUGGCAGAGGAGAGACGCCGUGCAUUGCUGGCCAUCCUGCUGGAGCAUCACCGCACCCUGCCUGACCUGGACACGCUCCUUCCCCACAAAAGCACGGGGACUGCAGGGGGACUGUCCCACACACAGCCCCCUGUGCCAUCACCUGCCUCACACCCACCCCCAGGGCUCAGCACUGCUGAAACUGAGCUGCUUCCCCAGCCCAUGCAGAGCAGGGACACAGCACUCCAUCACAGCCACCCCCCUACACCCCCACAGGUCGUCACUCAGUCACCAACUUCUCUGUCCCAGAUCUCUCCUCCCGUUUUCAGUACUGAGACGAAGAAGAGGCAAAGCUUGUUCCCCUGGAUGUCAGAGGAUGAGGAUGAGGAUGAUGCACAUCCUGAAAACCCAGCUCCUCAGUUCUGGGACCGGACUCCCCCACCACCAUUCAGGCCCACCCCCCCUGCAUGCUCCCCCAUCUCUCAUCCUCGUGUAAGGCAUUGCACACCCGAACUGGAGCUGCCACCCCAGCCAAGGCAGAGACCACACUACUGCCGCUGCCGUGCCCCCCUGCAAGCUGAUGCUCAGACUCCAAGACCCCCAGCUGUCCUGCCACCCCCUGUUUUUGGAGUGCAGAGGAGGGAGAGGCAGAGCUGGUUCCCCUUGAUGCCAGAGGAUGAAGACGACACACAUCCUGAAAAUUCAGCCCCGUUCUGGGUCCGGACCCCCUCACCACCACUGUUUAGGGGGCGGACCCCACCCCGCAUCCCCUUGAGGGAGCCAGGCUGCACGUGUGGGGUAACAUGGGAUCCCAGGGCAGGGGACGCAGUUGAGGGGCAUGGCCAGAUCCACCAACGGUCCUGUGUACCACAGCGUCACCGGGUGUCACAGCAUCCCUUGUCAGUGCUGCAAACCCCCCCACAGCCCCAUCAGUGCCGUGGGACCAGGCAGACACUCCCUGCCUUGCACAGGGGGGCAUGCCACUGUGCUCCCUCCCCACCACACCACCCCCACAAGCACAGCCCCUGUCCCCACAGCUGGCCGCACCCCACUUCAGACCUCCCCAUGUGCCACUGCUUGCCCUCCACCAGCUACCGGCCGCAGGGCUGCAGGGGGCCAACAGAGUCACGGUGCAGGGGGUGGCACCUGCCCUGCUGCCCCCGCGGCACUGCUCCCCACAGGGCAGGGGAUGGGGACUGCAGCCCUAACGCCCGGUUCUUCCCCUGCAUGUACUGAGGGCGCAGCAGUGCGGAGGAAGACUCGCGUUAUUGGGGUACCCCUCCCUGUGCUCAAUAAAGGCUGUUGUGCCCUAUG